GGGGAGCAGGACCGCCUCACCAAGAUCAUCCAGCUCUUGGUGCCAGCGACCGCCCCAGUGGCCCCGGCCGCCGCAGCUGCAGCCACCACACCUGCUGCACCCACUGAUUUCACAGCCACAGCUUCGUCCACUGCCGCGGCUGCCUCGGCUGUGCCCUACCGUGCCGUGUCGGACUCGCCGCUGGCGCGUGCGUUCGCGGCCUCAAUAGCCUCAGCGGCCUCAGCGGCCUCAGCGGCCUCAGCCGCCUCAGCCGCCUCAGCCUCAACGGCUGCUGCUGAGCGUGCAGAUUCAGACGCCGCGACUGUGCCGGCGUCAACACCAUCUGCUCCAGCAACAGCACCUGAGCGGGAGGGCGCCCCUGCUGCCAGGGCUGGUGGAUCUGGCGAAGGUCCAAAGUGGAAGCUGGAAGCCAGGUCAGCAUCGCUGCUGGAUGCAUUGCUUGAUGAUGAUUGAAAAGUCA